AUGCUGCCUGACGCCUACGGGUGCGUUGUGGCGAACAGGUUUGGAAAUCUUCUGGACGACGAGGCUGACCCGUUCGACCUAAUCAACAAAGUGGAAACGGAGAAGGAGAAAAAAAAGAAGAAGAAAAAGCAAAACGAUGAUAAGAAUGUAAAGCAGAAAAAACCCGGCCAGAAGGAAUCCCAGAAGGACAGACGUGUUCCCAUCACGUCGGAUGCUGUAGACUCUGCUCCAGGUAAAGCUAGACAGCUUGGCCGCAGCAUCGCUACACACCCCACAUUUCGUAAGCAGCAGGCCCAUGCUGGACCGGUGAACGAGAGUGGAGACGGCAGUGAGGAGGCCCGGAGAGGCACCAGGGUGGCAGCUUUCAGGGAGCGUAGGGCUAACCAAGAGGAGUACCCUAAGGAGUUUCCCAUUUCUAAGCCCUCCUAUAAUCCAGACUCUGACCAAAGAGGCAGGGGAGGGACAAGAGGAAGGAGAGGAGCACGAGGAGGAGGAUACGUUAGGAACCCAGACAACUUUAAUCUGAGGGGCAAAAGAGAAUAUGAUCGUCACAAUGGAACCGGUAUUUCCCCUGAGGAGAAGCGUGGAGGCAGAGGACCCUGGAAUUGGGGCUGCGUUGACGAAGCUGCAAGUGAAUUAAUGGAGGUGACAUCUGAUUCUCCGGGCAAAUCAGAGGAACCGCAAGUACCAGCGGAGCAAGAGAAUCAGAAUCUAGCAACCGAAGAGGAGGACGGAGAAAUGGUGGUCCAGCUUGCCAUGGAGAUGACCCUUGAUGAGUGGAAGGCCCUGCAGGAGACAAGUCGUCCCAAGGCAGAGUUUAAUAUCCGCAAAGCAGAGAACAAGAUUCCCUCCAAAGCCAAGGUCAUCCACCAGUCAAAGCGCAUUGAGAGCGUCAAGGAGCCUAUAGAGGACAUAGAGGAUGAGGGCAAUUUCCUCCGCCGGUCUGUGAAUGACAUCACCUCCCUCCUUGACAUCAAUUUUGGGAGUCUUGGGCGCCCUAGCCGAGGGGGUCGAGGAAGGGGUGCACGAGGUGGUCCGAGCACUCGCCCAGAGAGACCCAAACCCAUACUGGAGAGGGGAGAUGAACUAGCUCCUGACCCUGAUGACCCAGAAGACUUCCCAGCACUAUCAGCAGGAAGAUAACAGAGUUCACUUGUCUUCAUUUAGCUCCUGUGGGGAAAAU